UACAAAGGUGUGCGUGUCCCGCGGGGUGGCCGGCUGCCCACGGGGGGACGGAGCGGGCCCGGCCCAGCCAGCCCCGGCGGCCGCGCACCGCCCUCGGUACCGCGCCGCGGCGGCGGGGAGGGACGUCCGGUCCGGCGAUUUAGGGACAGAAACGCUCGGCUGCUCUAACUUGCUUUUUUAUCAUGUCUUUUUGGUUUGAGAUACCAUGGAAAAGUUGCUCGUACGGCCUUUAGAGCACAGAAAGCGUAUCGAAGUUUUUUCCCUUUAAGGACUGUCCCUCUCUUUUUCCUUUUUUUUUUUCCUAACACCUGAAAAGGCCGAAUUCAUCAAAUAGAAUAUGCCAUGGAAGCUGUGAAACAAGGCUCAGCCACUGUGGGACUGAAAUCGAAAACACACGCUGUUCUGGUUGCUCUAAAGAGAGCACAGUCUGAGCUGGCAGCUCACCAGAAAAAAAUCCUGUACGUUGACAACCAUAUUGGUAUCUCAAUUGCUGGACUUACUGCUGAUGCAAGACUCUUGUGCAAUUUCAUGCGUCAGGAGUGUCUGGAUUCUAGAUUUGUGUUUGAUAGACCUCUUCCAGUUUCCCGCCUAGUGUCACUAAUUGGAAGCAAAACCCAGAUACCAACACAGCGGUACGGCAGAAGACCAUAUGGUGUAGGACUGCUCAUUGCAGGUUAUGAUGAUAUGGGUCCUCACAUCUUCCAGACUUGUCCCUCUGCAAACUAUUUUGACUGCAAAGCAAUGUCCAUUGGUGCUCGUUCACAGUCAGCACGAACUUACUUGGAGAGACACAUGACUGAAUUUACUGACUGUAAUCUAAAUGAGCUGGUUAAACAUGGACUGCGUGCCCUGAGAGAGACUCUUCCUGCUGAACAGGAUCUGACCACCAAGAAUGUUUCCAUUGGAAUUGUUGGCAAAGACAUGGAGUUCACCAUCUAUGACGACGAUGACGUAGCACCAUUCCUAGAAGGUCUCGAGGAGAGACCACAGAGAAAGCCUGCUCCGCCUGCUGAUGAACCUGCAGAAAAGGCAGAGGAGCCGAUGGAGCACUAGUUGGUGGAUGAGUUCCUCUGUGUUAACAUAGGUCUAAUUAUGCAGGAAUGCUUAUCCAUUUGCUGGUAACUUUAUCCUCACCUAUUUGCAUUUUCUGCCAAUACAUUCUGAGGAUUACUCUUAAAGAAAGAAGGAAACCAACCCACCUAUCCUUAAAAGGUAGACAGGAGGUCAUAAUUGGAUGUGCUUUCUUUGACAAGAGAGGUGUGAUCAUUUUCUAAAUAGUACAUGAUACUGUUUUUUAAUGAAAAGCAUACUGUCUUUAACUUGUAAGGACAAGUGGAAAUAAAACACUUUCUUGGAA